AUGGCUGAAGCAAACUACCUCCUGCACGAGGGCCCGAUGGGCUACUCAGUUUUCAAAGUCGUGCAUCAAGCCGAUACUGUUGCCAAUCGACUGCGAGAAGUCCAAGAGAGCGUGCAGGACCUCAGCAAAUUCGGAAAGAUGGUCUCCCUCGUCAGUUUCCUGCCCUUCGAGAGCGGCAAGCAAGCUCUCGAGGAGCUCCACGACAUCUCCGAGGGCAUCGCUUCCGACUUUUUGAAAUCCUUCCUCGAGCUGAACCUCCCCAAGUCCGGGAAGAAAAGUAAGGUCAUCUUGGGUGUUUCCGACAAGAUUCUUGCCGGCAGUAUCAAGAGUGCGUUCCCUACAAUUGAGUGUGAGACGGGAGAUACAAGUGAGGUGGUGCAGGACAUGCUUAGGGGCAUCCGACUUCACAAUGAGAAACUGCUUAAGCAGUUGCGCGGUGGUGACACCAAUACUGCGCAACUCGGUUUGGGCCACGCCUACUCGAGAGCCAAGGUCAAGUUCUCCGUCCAGAAAAACGACAACCAUAUCAUACAAGCUAUCGCUAUUCUUGACCAGCUGGACAAGGCAGUCAAUACUUUCUCCAUGCGUGUCCGCGAAUGGUAUUCAUGGCAUUUCCCCGAGCUCGUCAAGAUUGUCUCGGAGAACCACAAAUAUGCCAAGGUUGCGUUGUUCGUAAAGGACAAGAAGACCCUUUCAGAGGACAGUUUGCAUGAUCUUGCUGCGGUGGUUGAUGAUGAUGAAGAUAUUGCAAAGAGCAUCAUUGAUGCGGCCAAGACGAGUAUGGGUCAAGAAAUUUCAAAGUCAGACAUGGAGAAUGUCACACUUUUCGCACAAAGAGUUGUCAGUCUUGCAAACUAUCGAAAGACACUUCACACCUACCUUGUUUCUAAGAUGGGCGUGGUAGCACCCAAUCUAGCAGCUCUUAUUGGGGAAAUUGUUGGAGCCCGUCUCAUCUCCCAUGCCGGCAGCCUCACCAACUUGUCAAAAUACCCUGCCUCGACUGUACAAAUUCUCGGGGCAGAAAAGGCUUUGUUCAGAGCGUUGAAGACCAAAGGCAACACUCCCAAAUAUGGUCUGUUGUAUCACUCAUCCUUUAUUGGACGUGCUGGUCAAAAGAACAAGGGAAGAAUAUCCAGAUUCCUCGCCAACAAAUGCUCUAUCGCAUCAAGAAUCGACAAUUUCUCCGAGAACCCAUCAACAGUGUUCGGCUUGGCUUUGAAGAAGCAGGUUGAAGAACGAUUGGAUUUCUACGCCUCGGGAACACAGCCCACGAAGAACGAGGUUGCCAUGAAAACCGCAAUGGACAAAGUCCUCGAAGAUUUGGACAUUGACCAACCAGUCGACAAAGCAGCCGCCGAUGAAGAAACGUUCGACGUCGAACCCACGGCCGUGCAAAAACAGGAGAAGCGAAAGAAGGACAAGUCUGAGAAGAAAGACAAGAAGCGAAAGUCGACUGGUGGUGACGAAGUUGCGGCAGACGAAGACGUGAAGGACAAGAAGAAAAAGCGGAAGUCUCUCGAGGGCGGUGAGGCUGAGGGCAAGAAAAAGAAGAAGGUCAAGGUUUGA